GCCCAUGCGCAGCCCCAGCAAGCUCGGCCACAGCUCCCGGCUGGACGCGGACGACGCGGACCUCAAGUCCGGCUACAUGAGCGACAGUGACCUCAUGGGCAAGACCGUGACGGAGGACGACGACAUCACCACCGGCUGGGAUGAGAGCAGCUCCAUCAGCAGCGGGCUCAGCGAUGCCUCGGACAACCUGAGCUCAGAGGAGUUCAACGCCAGCUCCUCGCUCAACUCGCUCCCGACCACGCCCACUGCGUCCCGCAGGGACUCCUCGGUGGCGCUGCGCACGGACUCGGAGAAGCGCUCCCUGGCGGAGAGCGGGCUGAGCUGGUUCAGCGAGUCAGAAGACAAGGCCCCCAGGAAGCCGGAGUACGACAGCGGCAGCCUGAAGAUGGAGCCCGGGGGCUCUAAGUGGCGGAGGGAGCGGCCCGAGAGCUGCGACGACUCCUCCAAAGUCGGGGACCUGAAGAAGCCCGUCAGCCUGGGUCACCCCGGGACCCUGAAGAAGGGCAAGACCCCGCCCGUGGCCGUCACGUCCCCCAUCACGCACACAGCCCAGAGCGCCCUCAGAGUCUCAGGUCGGCCAGAAGGCAAAGCUGCGGACAAGGGCAAGCUGGCCGUGAGGAGCGCGGGGCUGCAGCGCUCCUCCUCGGACGCCGGCCGGGACCGCCCGGGCGAGGCCAAGAAGCCUCCCUCAGGCCUCGCCCGGCCCUCCACUUCGGGGUCUUUCGGCUACAAGAAGCCUCCCGCCACAGGCACUGCCACCGUCAUGCAGACCGGUGGUUCAGCCACGCUCAGCAAGAUCCAGAAGUCCUCGGGCAUCCCUGUGAAGCCAGUGAGUGGACGCAAGACCAGCCUGGAUGUGUCCAACAGCGCAGAGCCCGGGUUUCUGGCCCCGGGAGCCCGAGCCACCAUCCAGUACCGCAGCCUGCCCCGGCCGGCCAAGUCCAGCUCCAUGAGCGUGACCGGUGGGCGGGGCGGGCCGCGCCCCGUCAGCAGCAGCAUCGACCCCAGCCUGCUCAGCACCAAGCAGGCAGGACUGGCACCCUCCAGGCUGAAGGAGCCUUCCAAGGUGGCUGGUGGGCGGAGCGCGCCGGCCCCGGUCAACCAGACGGAUCGGGAAAAGGAGAAGGCCAAAGCCAAGGCGGUGGCCCUGGACGCAGACAGCACCUCCCCGAAGAGCGCCAGCUCCCCGGAGGGCACGCCGAAGAACCAAGCAAGCCACGCCCCAGCCACCAAGCUGGCAGAGCUGCCACCCACCCCCGUCAGGGCCGCAGUCAAAAGCUUCGUCAAGCCACCCUCGCUGGCCAACCUAGACAAGGUCAACUCCAACAGUCUAGACCUGCCGUCGGCCAGUGACACCCACGCCCCGAAGGUCCCAGACCUGCACGCUACGAGCUCAGCAGCUGGGGGCCCCCUCGCUUCCUGCUUCACCCCCAGUCCGGCCCCUAUCCUCAAUAUCAACUCAGCCAGCUUCUCCCAGGGCCUGGAGCUCAUGAGUGGGUUCAGCGUCCCCAAAGAGGCCCGUAUGUACCCCAAACUCUCAGGCCUGCACAGGAGCAUGGAGUCCCUCCAGAUGCCAAUGAGCCUGCCCAGUGCCUUCCCCAGCAGCACCCCCACCCCCACCCCGCCGGCCCCCUCUGCUGGGCCCCCCCAGGACGAGGCAGAAGAGCUGACCUGGAGCGGAAGCCCCCGAGCUGGGCAGUUGGACAGUAGUCAGCGGGAUCGGAACACCCUGCCCAAGAAGGGGCUCAGGUACCAGCUCCAGUCCCAGGAGGAUGCCAAGGAGAGGCGACACUCCCACACCACUGGCGGGCUGCCCGAAUCUGACGACCGGUGCGAGCCGCCGUCCCCCCCUGCACUCUCCAUGUCCCUGAGUGCGAAGGGUCAGCUCACCAAUAUAGUGAGUCCCACAGCGGCCACCACGCCAAGAAUCACUCGCUCCAACAGCAUCCCCACCCACGAGGCGGCCUUCGAGCUGUACAGCGGCCCCCAAAUGGGGAGCAGCCUGUCCCUGGCCGACAGACCCAAGGGGAUGAUUCGGUCAGGAUCCUUCCGAGACCCCGCGGACGACGUCCACGGCUCAGCGCUGUCCCUGGCCUCCAGCGCCUCCUCCACGUACUCCUCAGCUGAGGAGAGGAUGCAAUCUGAGCAAAUCCGGAAGCUUCGUAGGGAACUGGAGUCAUCGCAAGAGAAAGUGGCCACGCUGACGUCUCAGCUUUCCGCCAACGCUAACCUGGUGGCGGCUUUCGAGCAGAGCUUGGUGAGCAUGACGUCCCGCCUGCGGCACCUGGCCGAGACCGCAGAGGAGAAGGACACUGAGUUGCUGGAUUUGCGAGAAACCAUAGAUUUUCUGAAGAAAAAGAACUCAGAGGCCCAGGCAGUCAUCCAGGGGGCCCUCAGCGCCUCGGAAGCCACGCCCAAAGAACUGCGGAUCAAGAGACAGAACUCCUCAGAUAGCAUCUCGAGCCUCAACAGCAUCACCAGCCAUUCCAGCAUCGGCAGCGGCAAGGACGCGGAGGCCAAGAAGAAGAAGAAGAAGAGCUGGGUCUAUGAGCUCCGAAGCUCUUUCAACAAGGCCUUCAGCAUCAAGAAGGGGCCCAAGUCCGCGUCCUCCUACUCCGACAUCGAGGAGAUUGCCACCCCCGACUCCUCGGCCCCCUCGUCCCCCAAGCUGCAGCAUGGUGCCACGGAGACGGCUUCGCCUGCCAUCAAGUCCUCCAGCUUGGCCUCUGUGGGCGUCGACGCCACCGAGAUCCCUGCUCACGUGGCUCCCCACCCCCGGCUGUUCGCGGCUGGCGAGGAGGAGGAGCCGGAGAGGAAGGAGGUGUCGGAGCUGCGCUCCGAGCUCUGGGAGAAGGAGAUGAAGCUGACGGACAUCCGCCUGGAGGCCCUCAACUCCGCCCACCAGCUGGACCAGCUGCGGGAGACCAUGCACAACAUGCAGCUGGAGGUCGAUCUGCUGAAAGCAGAGAACGACCGGCUGAAGGUCGCCCCCGGCCCCUCGUCCGGCCCCGCCCCAGGGCAGGUCCCGGGGCCCGCUGCCCUGCCGUCCCCUCGCCGCUCGCUGGGCCUCGCUCUCGCCCACUGCUCCAGCCCGAGCCUCACGGACACAGACCUGUCGCCCAUGGACGGCAUCAGCACCUGCGGCCCCAAGGAGGAGGCCACGCUCCGGGUGGUGGUGAGGAUGUCGCCCCAGCGCGUCAUCAGAGGGGACUUGAAGCAGCAGGAGUUCUUCCUGGGAUGCAGCAAGGUCAGUGGACAAGUUGACUGGAAGAUGCUGGAUGAAGCUGUGUUCCAGGUGUUCAAGGACUACAUUUCUAAGAUGGACCCAGCCUCGACCCUGGGACUGAGCACCGAGUCCAUCCACGGCUACAGCAUCAGCCACGUGAAGCGCGUGUUGGACUCAGAGCCCCCGGAGCUGCCUCCCUGCCGCCGUGGAGUCAACAACAUAUCGGUCUCCCUCAAAGGUCUCAAGCAGAAGUGCAUCGACAGCCUGGUGUUCGAGACGCUGAUCCCCAAGCCCAUGAUGCAGCACUACAUCAGCCUCCUGCUCAAGCACCGGCGUCUCGUCCUCUCGGGCCCCAGCGGCACGGGCAAGACCUACCUGACCAACCGGCUGGCCGAGUACCUGGUCGAGCGCUCCGGCCGCGAGGUCACCGAGGGCAUCGUCAGCACCUUCAACAUGCACCAGCAGUCUUGCAAGGACCUGCAGCUGUACCUCUCCAACCUGGCCCACCAAAUAGACCGCGGCACGGGGACUGGGGACGUCCCCCUGGUGGUCCUGCUGGACGACCUGAGCGAAGCAGGCUCCAUCAGCGAGCUGGUCAAUGGGGCCCUCACCUGCAAGUACCACAAAUGCCCCUACAUCAUAGGCACCACCAAUCAGCCUGUGAAGAUGACACCCAAUCACGGCUUGCACUUGAGCUUCAGGAUGCUGACCUUCUCCAACAACGUGGAGCCGGCCAACGGCUUCCUGGCUCGCUACCUGCGGAGGAAGCUGGUGGAGUCGGACAGUGAUGCCAACGCGAACCGGGAAGACCUGCUGCGGGUGCUGGAGUGGGUGCCCAAGCUGUGGUACCACCUGCACACCUUCCUGGAGAAGCACAGCACCUCGGACUUCCUCAUCGGGCCCUGCUUCUUCCUGUCCUGCCCGGUUGGCAUUGAGGACUCACGGACCUGGUUCAUCGACCUGUGGAACAGCUCCAUCAUCCCCUACCUGCAGGAAGGGGCCCGGGACGGGGUCAAGGCCCACGGACAGAAAGCUGCUUGGGAGGACCCAGUGGAGUGGGUCCGGGACACUCUUCCCUGGCCGUCAGCCCAGCAGGACCAGUCAAAGCUGUGCCACCUGCCCCCGCCCACCGUGGGCCCUCACAGCAUGGCCUCGCCUCCCGAGGACAGGACAGUCAAAGACUGCACCCCAAGUUCUCUGGACUCAGACCCUCUGAUGGCCAUGCUGCUGAAACUUCAGGAAGCUGCCAAUUACAUCGAGUCUCCAGAUCGAGAAACCAUCCUGGACCCCAACCUCCAGGCCACGCUCUGAGGGUCCAGGAGUCACCAUCACCCUGGACGGCAGGAUGCUGGCGCGGGCUCCGUCAGCUCCCCCUCUCCCUGCCCUCUUCAGAGACCGAGACCGAGACCGAGGGAGGCGGGUGAAGGAAGAGGGCCGGCUCCUGGUGCUGCACCCCCCUCGUCAGGAGCGGGGGGUGGCGUCCGCGAACUCGUGGCCCCUGGACACGUUGCUGGCCUCCUCUCCUGACUGCAGGGAAAAGUUGAUGCUGGGUCUCCUUCCUUGACUUCUGGCCUCGAUUACAGACUCCUGGGCUUGUGGGGGAGGGGGCAGGGGACAUCACAAGAACCUGCCUCACAAGUCCCUCGCCGAGCCUCGCAAGCAGCACUGAGACGGCCGCCCGGCCGAGGGCGGGGGGAGCUGCUGGGUCCUCGCAGGCCCACUCCCUCCCGCCACUGUGGCCGCUCGCCCCCAGAGCUGGCUGGAGCCCAGGAAAACAAGCAUGUGGUUUAAAGAAUAUUUGAACCAACCUGUAAAAGGUAAAAAAAACGGAAAUGAUGAAGCUGGAGAGGGGAACCAGGUGCCAAGGGAGACAGAGCACCACCCGCCCCGGAUGACAUUGAGGACGUCGACAAGACAGCUGCCCAUCUAAGAAGUCGCCAGACCACAAGCUGACGUCGCAGCCUGCCGAGAAAGACUGCCCGCUCUGUCAUGCCCUCUAAUCUAACACGCACGGAGUCAAUAAACCCUACUUCGUUAUUUUUUAUUUUUGUUUUUUGUUUCGUUGCUUCCCCCCCAUCUGUGUAUUUAUUUUCCUUUUCUUUCUGUUUUUUACCCUCCACCUCCUCACACGUUCAUGAGAUGCUUGGGUUGCUUUUCCAGGGGCCAGUUUGGCUUUUCCAAGUAGGUUUUCUUUGGAGGAUCUGACACCGUCCAGUUGGCACCAAGGCACCUGCCCUGCCACCGCCUUUGGCAUCCUUGGGGCUCGCACGAGACACGGAGUGUCGGUUCAGAAGUGGUGGGGGCCAGGGCCUUGCCUUCCCUUUCGAGAAAGCACACGUCCUGCCUGGGGCUCGGCCCUCUGGCCUGAGUGCGUCACCCCGCUUGACAGAUCUACGUUGAGCCUCACCAGGGACUAGAGAACGCUACAGACUUCCUGUCUCACAGCCUGUUUGGACCGGAUCCUAAAUUCUUAGCUGGCCUUUACUAUUCGUCUGUGACAGGUAGAUGUUCACACCUGUGUGAGAUGGUCCCAAUCAGAAUAUAAGGCUCGAGGAGUUUGACUUGGAGAAGAGACCUGACCUGCCUUCCAAAGGGACCCACCUCGGAAGUCACCCUGGAGGGGCGUCUGACCGUCCACACCGCUUCGUCCCACAGCUGUCACCAUCACACUGAGCAGGAAGCGCUAACCCCAGUGACACCCCUCGCUGUCCAGACCUUCAUGGUCAUCUAAGAAGUGCAGCCAAAAAAGCAGCCAGCUAGCAAACGCCUCGGACUGGAUGUCCCGUACACUGGGGACAAAGAUUUGGGAUUGGCGAAGGUGGACCUGGAGGACUGGGGCCCUGCUCAUCUCACGUGGGGAGCCGUCUUCUCGCCACCCCUGGAAGCCCCGGGCCUAGGUGCGGGUUUGCGGGGCCGGCGCACUCUUCAGACCACCCCACCCCGGAGCAGCACAGACCCUCGUCACCCACACUCACCGACCGCUCAGCCCCGCCCACCCAGCCAGCCAGCGGCUGCAUCCGAAUCCCUGCGUCACCGUUCUCUCAUUUUGGUCCCGAUGAUGGCCCAGGUCAUCGCCCGAGGAGGCUGCUGCGUUCACCGGUGGCUCCCAGGCACGACAGGCUCCCCCGCGCCCAAGACCUCGCUCGUGCUAUCGCUGCUCAGGCCUUGAGCUGCGAGGUCCCCAACCGAGGCAGCUGCAGCAUGCAGCUCUGUGUUGGGAAGAGGCCGUCUGUCCUAGCAUGGUGCUGACAUCGCUGCCUUAAGGUCCCUGCCGUGCGGGGUGAGGAGGCCCCGGAGCUGGCUACUCUAACUUGGGAGGGGGGCGAAGGCCAGCCAGGCCUCCUCUGGACGCAGGCCUCUCCUUAGCCCUGUCCUUGGCCCCAGUCCCGUGCCAGGGCCCAGUCUCCCCUCGCCGUCUUCGCUGGGUCGUUGAGCCCCUAACUCUGUAUUUUCUGGUGCUGCCCGGCCAGUGCCUUCUGUCGUGGAUGUUACUGGCUACUUGACAAAAGGAAAGGGGGCAACCCCUUCUCCCAUUCCAGCUGCCUCAGACCCUCAGAGACAAGGAGCCCUUGUGUCCCUGCACACCACGGGGGACUUUAUUGGGACUUUAUCUGGAAGCCUCUCAUGUUCUGACUUCUCACCUCUAUUCCUGGGACCCAGCCCCUCUGCUGCCGGCUGAUUGCUGCAUCUCGCCCAGGUCUCCAGAUGCUUCUCUCCAGAAAGUGUGUUCCCAUCUAGCGAGACGGAGUUGCAGCCUCAGCUGUCCCUCUGGAGCCAGGGACCCUGUUUACAGCUGCGCGCCUGGCCCCUCACCAGGGGCCAUCAUCUCACCGAGGAAUCGUGGGCGCGUGGCAAGUGCAGAAGGCUGAGCCUCCCCAUGGUGCUAUCACCCCUCGGGACGCCCAUCCAGGCUUCUCCGAAGCAGGAAACCUGAGCUCGCGGUCACUGCCCCGGACUUAAUGGCAAGAGCAAACCCACAGCAUCCCCUCCCGAUGCACCUGCUUCUCGGGGGGGAGGGCCACUGGGACCUCUCAGCAAAAAGCGGGUCCCACAGCUAAACCCUCGACCCCAGGUGCCAUCAGAGGAGCCCAGCCCAUCUGAGAUGGGUUCCUGCCCUCCCCUCCCCUGCGCGCCGACCCCACACCCCCAAAGCUGGCACAGGUGCCCAGCUCAGUCCCCACCACCGACCCCGGGAGAGCCGUGCCCAGGACAAGUCCUCGGCACAGUGCCUCUCGUUUCCGGGUGAAGACCAACACGUUGUGUCCAGUGAGUCUGUCCUGAGGCCUGCCUAGGCGCUAACAAUAAAGUACUCGGUAAUUGGAGGCCAA